CAGCACCCGUAAACGAUGGACAGCAACCUCCCCCGACCCCUGCCUUCAGCACCCCUGGCCGGCCGGCAGCACCCGUGUCGGAAUCUCCGCCAACCCAGCGGGUCCAGAUCAUACUCGCUGUUUGCUGCUGGGCCGGCGGGAUGGAUACGUGGAAAAAGAGGUCCCUUCCUGUUUGCUAAUCACCCAGGUCCCUUCCUGGUUCCAGGAACUGGCCGGACAAAUAUUGACCCGGCUGCUGUGAUCUGCAAACACCAUUCUCCGUGGUUGGAGGCCGCGCAGCACCGAAGACCAGGGCCCGCCUGGCGCCUCUCUAGGAUGGAGCCAGCGUGGCUGUGGCUGUGGCUGCUGGGAGCAGGGAUCCUGGCCUCUGCCCAUGGAGACAAGAGCCCGGGGUUGCCUCAAGCCCCCAGGGGUCGGCUCUCAGAGCCAGCGCCCGCCUACCGCCAAGUCACACCCACCAUUACCAGCUUUGCUUUGCGCGUGUACAAGCAGCUGGCAGCGGAAACCCCAGGAAACAUCCUCUUCUCCCCAGUGAGCAUCGCCAGCACCCUGGCCCUGCUCUCUCUCGGGGCCCAAGCCGAUACCUCCACCCAGAUCCUGCAGGGCCUGGGCUUUAACCUCACGGAGACCCCGCAGGCCAGCAUCCACUGCGGCUUCCAGAGCCUCAUCCACGCCCUUGACCUGCCCAGUCCCAAACUGGAGCUGAAAGUAGGCCACUCCCUGUUCCUGGACAAGCAGCUGAAGCCUCGUCAGCGCUUUCUGGACGACAUCAGGGAGCUGUAUGGAGCCUUGGCUUUCUCUGUUAACCUCACGGAUUCUGCCACAGCCUGGAGGCAGAUGAAUGACUACGUGAGGAAGCAAACGUACGGGCAGGUGGUGGACUGCUUGCAGGAGUUCAGCGAGGACACGCCCAUGGUUCUCCUGAACUACAUCUUCUUCAAAGGAGGAAGGCUGGGUGAGAGGACUUGGGAGAUUUAUGCCAAGUGGAAGCAUCCUUUCCAGCGCUACCAGACCCAGAAGCAAGAGAGCUUCUUCGUGAACGAGAGGACCUCCCUCCACGUCCCCAUGAUGCACCAGAAGGAAAUGCACAGGUUCCUGUACGACCAGGAGCGGGCCUGCACGGUGCUGCAGAUCGAGUACAGCGGCAACGCUCUGGCCCUGCUCAUCCUCCCGGACCCGGGGCAAAUGCAGCAGGUGGAGGCCGCUCUGCAGCCAGAGACCCUGCGGACAUGGAGUCAGCUGCUCGUGCCCAGCCUGCUGGACUUGCACUUGCCAAGGUUUGCCAUUUCUGGAGCAUAUAACCUGGAAGAGAUACUUCCCCACAUCGGGCUCGGCAACAUUUUCAACUCAGGAGCCGACUUGUUGGGAGCCCCUGGGCGGCUGAAUGGAACCAUCUGGGUACAGAGGUGACUCUACGCAAACCCCCCUCAAGGGUGGGGCCUGCCCUGCUCUCCACCUCUGUUUCCUCCUUUUCACAGUUUAACCCCAACUUCUGACUGCCCCCACUUCACAUGGGCACCUGGACCCUCACGCUGCCCCCAGGAGUUCGAGUGUAAGGGUUCCCUAACCUGAAUUCGGCUCUCCAAGCUGGACUCAUUAGAGGCAGAAGUUUCUGAGCUGGUUAUUCACCAGCCCAGCUUGCAGGUGCCCCCAGUAACUGUCGAGUAACUAAGAAGAAUAACCCCCAAAAGAAAAGGACAGGUUUGCUCUGUGUUCAAAGAACCUGCAAACUGAACCCAGGAAAUGCUGGUCAAGGCAUGUCAGGAGCCGGAGAGUCACGCUGGCGAUCGGUGCCCACGCUUGAUGGUCACUGCCUCUCAUCAGACCCUGAAGCUCAGACAGUGAGAGACGAAGGGCUUGUAUAGGGGGUUGCCAAUAGAUGGGUUUAGGAAGUAGUUCAGAGGCUAGGCCAGCCGUGGGC